CGUGGCUGGCAAAGGGGUAGUGCUUCCGGGUAGGAGCGAGGUGACCCCGGCUGCUGCAGGACUCUGCGGCGACUGCAGCCAUGGGGGCGCAUCUGGCCCGACGCUAUGUGAGCGAUCCAUCGGGGGAGCCCGACCCCCAGCGGAUGCCCACCUUCCCCCCGGACUACGGCUUCCCGGGGCGCAAGGAGCGCGAGAUGGUGGCCACACAGCAGCAGAUGAGCGACGCACAGCUGGUGCUGCAGCAGCGGGACUACUGCGCUCACUACCUCAUCCGGCUGCUCAAGUGCAAGCGCGACAGCUUCCCCAACUUCCUGGCCUGCAAGCACGAGCAGCACGACUGGGACUACUGCGAGCACCUCGACUACGUGAUGCGCAUGAAGGAGUUUGAGCGGGAACGGCGGCUGCUCCAGCGGAAGAAGCGGAGGGAGCAGAGGGAGGCGGAGGUGGCCAGAGGCCAGGGGCCCGGCGAGGUGGCCCCCGAGGUAGCCCUGUAGUGGAUCCGCCCCCACCCUGUGGACCAGUCGAUAAAUAAAAGCCUCCAGGCCCCUCAGCCGGAA